CUCCCCCCUUCUUCCCUUCGGCCUAGCUUCGGCCGGCGGCAGGCGGCGGCGGCGCGCAAGUUAGGCCCGGAGCGGCGAUGGCUGGACGGGCGAGCGGGUGGCGGCGGGGCGCAGGUGAGGGGAGCAACGGGAGGACGUGGUGGAAGAACGCCACCGUCUCGGGGAGCGGCACGCCACGGCGGAGCGCAAGGAGGCCGAGCGAGAGCUCCGGGGGCAUUCUCAUCCUGCUUCACGACGGCGUCGAAGGCGACGCUUCCCUUGGUGUCGACGGUGAGCGCGAGGAUCUUCGAGCCGCCCUUCUCGUCUUGCCGGCCCAUGCCGGGCGCGUACUGCGCGACGUGGAUCGGGUUGUGGUUCAGCUCGCUCUCGACCUCCUCCUCGUCGUCGUCGUCGUCGGCCACCUCCGCCUCCGGCAGCAACGCUAAGAGGAGGAGCAGGAAAGAACCCAAUGAGUUGAUCAAGAAGCCGCCAUUGCCGGGGCCUGGCAGUGAUCAGGGGAAGGCGUCAAUGUGCGGGCUGUACAACAGCAGCAGGGGCAGGGGCAGCGCGACGCAGUUCCAGAGCUCGGUGUUCUCCAUGGAGGAGAUCCUGCACACCACCAACAACUUCUCGCCGGCGCUCAAGAUCGGCCAGGGCGACUUCGGCGCCGUCUACAGGGGCGUCCUCCCCGACGGCAUCUUCGUCGUCGUCAAGUGCGCCAAGCUCCGGGCUCCGGGAGCGUUCUCACCCUGCUUCACGACGGCGUCGAAGGCGACGCUGCCCUUGGCGUUGACGGUGAGUGCGAGGAUCUUCGAGCCGCUCUUCUCGUCGCGUCGGCCCAUGCCGAGCGGGCACUGCGCGACGUGGAUCUCCGGAAAGGCCCUGCCGUCACCGAAGUCCUCCGGCCACCGCGGCACGAACCCGCCACGCUUCCCGUACGACGGCACGGGCUUGGAGGGGCCCGAAGGCUUCGCCGCCGCCGCCGCGUCGGACUGCGCCGACUCCCCGCCAUACCGCUCUGGGCCUCACUUGCGCGCCGCCGCCGCCCGCUCUCGCCGCCCGCCGCUCGCUUCCGCCGCGCGCCACCGGCCGAAGGGAAGAAGGGGAGAGAGAGAGAGGAGAGAGGGAGGAAGAAGGAAGGAGGACUGACACGUGGGCCCCAUAUUUCUUUUUAUGUGAAUGACUAAUGGGUCCCACACAUAUUUUUCAAUUCUAAUGCCACGUAAGUGCCACAUGUAAGGAAGACUUGGUUAAUAUCGCCACGUAGGCGCCACGUCAGCGAAACCGCCCUCCAAAACCGCCGAGGGAGUCAAAUUGCACCGGUUUUAAGAGUUUGGGGGUUGAGAUAUCCGGUUUUGUGGUUUAGGGUCACGGAUUAGAUUUCGAUCACUUUGAGGGUCACUUAUUCCAUCUCCAGCCGAUCUCAGACCCCAUCCAUAUCCAGUGUAUCCAUGGAAGAAAUAUUCAGUGGGGGAUUAGGGGGUCCCAUGGUCCCAGAAA